AUGGAUGGCAAUGUCCAUAUCGCUGAUACACCGAUUACUGCUCAAAACUGGCAUAAGCAUGUUAACUGGCUGAAUGUUUUUAUGAUAAUCGGAAUUCCUCUCUAUGGCUGCAUACAAGCCUAUUGGGUUCCUUUGCAAUUGAAGACAGCUAUAUGGGCUGUAGCCUAUUAUUUCUUCACGGGUUUAGGUAUCACAGCAGGGUACCAUCGCCUUUGGUCUCACACUUCCUACUCCGCACGAUUACCUCUCCGAAUAUGGCUUGCAGCCGCAGGUGGUGGCGCUGCACAGGGCUCAGCCCGAUGGUGGGCUCGGCUACAUCGCUCGCAUCACCGAUAUACCGAUACAUGCAAAGACCCCUACUCAGUCAGCAAAGGGUUCGUUUAUUCCCACCUGGGUUGGAUGGUCCUCAAACAGAAUCCCAAACGGAUCGGACGAUCGGACGUGUCGGAUCUAAACGAGGAUGCCGUCGUGGUUUUCCAGCACCGUCACUACUUGAAAGUAGUGUUCACAAUGGGCAUGGGUGUUCCAAUGCUCGUCGCCGGCCUCUGGGGUGACUGGUGGGGCGGCUUCAUUUAUGCUGGGAUCCUGCGAAUUUUCUUCGUUCAGCAAGCUACCUUCUGUAUUAAUUCGUUGGCUCACUGGCUUGGUGAACAACCGUUUGAUGACCGCAAUUCUCCGCGCGACCAUGCAAUCACAGCUCUCGCGACACUCGGCGAAGGAUACCAUAACUUUCAUCAUGAAUUCCCGUCGGACUACCGCAACGCGAUUGAAUGGUAUCAAUAUGAUCCCACCAAAUGGACGAUCUGGUUGUGGAAACAAGUCGGGCUUGCGUACGAUCUGAAAAAAUUCCGAGCCAACGAGAUUGAGAAGGGUAGACUGCAACAAAUGCAAAAGAAGGUGGAUCAGAAACGGGCAUUGCUCAAUUGGGGCACACCGCUGAGCGAUCUACCGGUAAUGGAAUGGGAUGAUUUCUUGACGAAAUCAAAGACCAAGGCAUUAGUCGCUAUAGCUGGGGUGGUUCACGAUGUGACUGAGUUUGUUGACGAGCACCCAGGUGGUAGGGCUAUGAUUAAAGCGGGAAUCGGGAAGGAUGCUACGGCAAUGUUCAAUGGGGGUGUUUAUUACCAUUCAAAUGCUGCUCAUAAUCUGCUGUCGAUGAUGAGAAUUGGGGUGAUUCGUGGAGGUAGCGAGGUGGAGGUUUUCAAACAGACCCAGAAAGAUCAUUCAUCUCUACAUGGUGGGAUUUACUGA